CUCACUCUAUGUGUCCGGAAAACUCAGCGAUACCUCGAACGUCAUCGUAGACGUAGGUACAGGCUACUUCGUCGAAAAGUCUGUCAAAGAAGCUCGAAUUUUUUACAACAGCAAGGCGAUGGCAUUGCGCAAAAACCUCGAAGAGAUACAGCCGACGAUCGAACAGAAAGAAGAGAACAGACAGCUCGUCAUCAAUCUGCAUCAGCAAAAGCUGAUUUGGCAACGACAGCAAGCCGCCAAACAGGAGUCAUCCUCAUGAGGCGGCGCAAGUCGUCGCCAUAGCGUUUUGCCCUUGCCUAAUGGGCUACACAUUUGCAUCGCGGAUCUGGUAUGGUGAUCAAGUACGCUAACAUCGUGAUGGCCCUGCUCUUGCUCGCGGUCGGCAUCUGCACUGCUCUUGUCACACCGCAAGCCGAUGCGAACACAUUGGCUACACGCCAGUCGAAGUUGCUCACAGCUCCCGCUGAUCAGAUCUGUGCGCUGACCAGAUCUGUAAUUUCCAAUGGCAUCAUUGCUGGCGUUCAAUCCCUAGGCUUCAAUGGCAGCGCUUACACAAGCUGCGACGUCAUCGGUUCAUACGCGGUGCUGAGCUUUGACACUGCUCUACCUGUAGGCGCUGGCAGGACCGGCUUGAUUCUGACGUCCCGCCGGAUUCACCUUCCCUUGAAAGCGCUUGUCCAUGCUUGUCCAGAGCAGCACACGCGGCGAGAUCACAGGCCUCAACGCGAUGAAAUCAUUCGUCUCCGUCUCAUACCUUAUCUGCGGUGGCAAGACCAUCCCAGUCCUCAAGUAGCCGCUGCGAUUGCAGACAUAGACAUGUAGCUCCCAUGAAGCCGUUCCUUUGUCUCGCAUCGCAUGAUAGCUCGCGCGAUCCGGAAAGACACAAUGGGAUCCUCAAUGCUCCAACCAAGGUGCUGAAUAUGCGCAUGCAUGCACGAGCGACGAUCGCCCGACACGAAUGAUUGUGUUCGCGCAGCUACACAUCUGCAAAGGCACCAGUGAUCCCGUGAUGAGCUGACCUCGGGACCCUUGAAGAUAUGUGACGAAUGCAAUCAGGACUACCUCGGGCUCACUGAUGCUGUUCGUGUCAAUGAAGUGACGCAUCCAGAGGAGGAACCUGAGAGUUCACAAAGGCGACCUCGUAGGGCAGAGUUUGCCAGAAAUCGUUAAAAUCUGAGCAGACCCCAGAGCCAUUUUCGGGAUAUCGAAAGAAAGGUCUUGCCAUGCCGUGACUGCGAUACAUUGCUACUGGAUUGCAUGAUUCGGACAACUCUGC